AUGUAUCUCAGACCAAAUGAGCUGACAAUAUCGAUUCGACGACAGGCAAUUACCGAUGGCUUGAAAGGCGCGGGCUUCUCUCCCGAAGUCCGGGAUCUAAAUUAUUUCCAGGAUGACUAUGGGUUGAAACCGGUAGAUGGUGAGGACGAGGAAGAGGAGGACGAAGAGGAAGAGGAAGAGGAAGAGGAAGAGGAAGAUGGAGAGGUAGAUGAUGACGGCGAGGAGGAUGGAAAGGAAGAGGGCGAUGACGACUCAGAUAGCUUUGGAGGGAGCGAAGGUUAUGAGAUCAUAGAAGGGAAUGAAAUCUGA